AUGUCUCCCAAUUGGACAAAUCUCGUCCGCUUCAUCAGCGAGGAAGAUGGCCAAAUCCACCUUGGCGAAGUAGAUUCUACGCAGUACCCAGAUGUCGGUUUUUCUAUCUUCAACGGCCAGAAAGUUGCCGCCAGAUUGGUCAAAGGUUCCAUCUUUGAUGGCAUCGUAACAGACACCAUUAUGCACAUUGCGCGAGUAUUACUCACCUUCUCAAUCUCCCAUCUCGAUCCCUCAAUCUUACUUACCUCUCUUCUUUGGAACCAGAUUCUCGCGCCUGUUGGGCUCGAAGACGUGCCAAUCAUCCGAUGCAUGGGACUGAAUUACCGAGACCAUGCUAAAGAGGCGAAUAUGCCCAUCCCAGAUGUGCCUGUACUCUUCUUGAAGCCCCGUACCGCGCUCAACGGACCUUACCCCGCAAAAAUCAAUGUACCAAAGAUUGCACAGGAUGGAUCGAGUGACUACGAGGCAGAACUUUCGAUCAUUCUGUCCAAGACCGGUCGUGAUAUUCCCGAAGCCGAAGCGAUGGAGUAUGUUUUGGGUUACACCUGCAGCAACGAUGUCAGUGCUCGAACCCAGCAGUUCAAGAAUAGCCAGUGGUGCUUCUCAAAAGGUAAGAUAGCCAUAUCCAAUUUCACAUCGCGAGUGCAACAGCGACUUACCAUGAAUCCAUGUACGCUAGGCCUUGACGGGUCUUGCCCACUGGGCCCGGUUCUCGUGUCUCCCUCUGCCAUCGGCGAUCCACACAGUCUUCAGAUAAGAGCUAUCCACAAUGGCAACGUGGUGCAAGACUCGAACACCAGGGAAAUGAUCUUCGACGUGGCAAAGACCAUCGCAUUUCUCUCUCAGGGAACCACUCUGGAAAAGGGUACUAUCAUCAUGACCGGCACGGGUCUUGGCAUAGGUGCUAUGCGAAACCCAAAGGUCGUCUUAAGGGAUGGUGAUGAUAUCAGAGUUGAAGUGGAGAAGAUUGGGACUUUGGUCAACCAAGUUUACUACGAGUAG